AUGCUGCUGCUGCUGCCACAAGUUAGCACAAAGCGCAAACGUGGCGUGAAGAAGCAGUCACAGCCCCUCAGAGGUGGUUGGGCUUUGCCUCAUGGGAUGGGUGUCAGAGUUACUGGCGCAGAUGCUUCGGGCACUGAGAACGCUGAAGACACAUUGCCAGUGUCGGAGUCAGAGCUUGCCGACGCGACCUCUGGCCCAAAGGUUUCCGCUCAAAAUGUUCCCGCUCAAAAUAGCGCUGUCGUGACUUCGCAGCCUAAAAUCGGCACUAAAAAGGAGGCACUUAAGCAGUCUAGACAAACCCGCCUAUCCCUUCGAGUUACUAAAGCCCAGGCCACAACGGUGAAAUUGGAGAAGCCCGACGAUGCCUCCAUCAAGCAGGAAGACGACCGGCCGAACAAACGUGUGCGGACUACUCUGAGGGCUGAUAAGCCGGACGAUGCUCCAGUUGCUAACAAGGCAGCAUCGGAACUUGCGCUGAUAAAAGCCGAGGAGAAAAAAGCCCUGGACCAGCCCACACCAAAGGUUCUGAUUAUCAAGGGCAUCACUAUCAAGGACAACAUUGUUGCCAAGUCUGACUCAGCCAAGAUUGUCAUCGAUGCCAGCCAAGUGCUGGAUCCCAACUUCAGGCGCAUUGUCAAAAGAGGCAAAGACAACCCAUAUGGGUUGACACCGGGGUUCUCGCCUUAUCCAUACCGCCGGGUUCCUACGCCUGAAGCUUGCGAGGAAGUGCAUCGGAUCUUGACGGAGAUGCAUGACAAGGUGACGCAGCCCAAGGAAAUGCCCCUGGCUUCUCUCGAGGUUGCCGGGUGUGGUGAGGUUCCUUGCGUCCUUGAUGCACUGCUGAGAACCUUGAUCAGCGGAAACACCCUCAUGGAGCUCGCAAACACAGCCAUCCAGAACCUGGUCAGAUAUUAUGGCCGCGGCCAAGUGGGCACUAGCGCUGGGAGCAUUAAUUGGGAGAAAGUCAGGCUGUCCACGCAUGCUGAGCUCACACAAGUCAUCAAAGUCGCUGGCAAUGGCCCCAAUAGGAGCCAACAUAUCAAGCGUAUCCUCGACAUGGUUCAUGAGGAGAAUGUCCAGCGAGCCAAGAUGCAACGCCCCGAGACAGAAGCAGGCCAAACCCAAGCAGUGGCUGAGGCAGGAAAGACAGCACUUCACCUUCUCUCGCUCGACCACAUGCGUGCCAUGAGCAAAGAUGAGGCUAUGGCUAAAUUCCUGAGCUACCCAGGCAUUGGAAUCAAGACAGCGGCCUGCGUCACAUUGUUCUGCUUGCAGAAGCCCUGCUUUGCUGUGGACACACACGUCCACAAGUUCUGCCGCUGGCUGGGUUGGGUUCCCGACAAGGCCGAUCCCGACAACUGCUUUCGGCACGGGGACUUCAUGGUGCCUGACCAUCUCAAGUAUGGACUACACCAGUUGUUCAUUCGCCACGGCCAGACGUGCUUCAAGUGCAAGAAAGCGACUAAACCGGGUACCAAGGACUGGAACGAGGCGCCAGACUGCCCACUCGAGCAUUUGUUGGUCCGAAGCAAAGAUGAAGCUGGGUCCAAGCCGAGGGAGGUAAAGAAGGCGAAAAAUGUGAAGGAGGAGACGAGCUCCGAGUCGGAAGAUUCGGAAACCGAGAGUGCAUGGACGGAAGAGGAGGAGUAA